CUUUGCCCUCCCUGCGUGCAUUGUACUUCUAUUGGUACUUGCAUUAUUGCAAACGUACGUGCAGACGGUAUUCAUACAUCGCUCAUUCAGUGUUAACGAACAAAAGGCCGGCAAGAAGUCAUAUUUCAGUGUGACGCGACAGUACAAACGUGUCUUUCUGCCCAUCAACCAUCAUCAAACAACCAAGCUAUGUAAAAUACCGAGUCUGAGGACACGAUUUGCGGGAUAUCCCAUUUAUAUUUCUUUGUCUAUAUCACCUACAAAGCUAAAGUCAACAUAAAUUUUCGAGCCGAAUUUGUGCAGACGGCACUACGCGGGUACAUGUAGUACAGUGUCGGCGAGACUUACGGAUCGUACAUGUAAAAUUAUAUGGAUUCGCAAUUCUCGUCUGUGACAGUGUGUCUCAGUAGAGUUGCACAGCGGAGUAGAAAGAAGACUGCGCGAAGAAUGACUCGUUUGUCUCGAGUGUGAGCCAGUGAUUCGAAAAGAUGACAGCAGGAGAAGGAACGAGACAACUAGACGAUAUUAUUCUGCAAGGCCAAGGUGAACAUCUCGUGAAACGGAACUAAUCGCGACCCCCUGAUGCAGUAGAAUGGCGAGGCGAGCUGUGGUUGCAUCGACCGUCGUCCUCACUUUGAUGACGGUCAUCAUACUCAGUCUCCUAUUCGACGGUAGCUAUAACCGCAGCGAGGAUGCCACAGUGGUGGUCGGCAAUACAGCGUCACAUCGUAUGUACAGCGAAAAUAAUCUGGAUCCUAGUGAACGUAUCUUACCAAGGAAAGAAGGGGAGUGUCAACCUGAGAAACAGAUAGUGUUUUUGAAGACGCACAAGACAGCCAGCAGCACCACAGCCGGUAUCAUCGACCUCUUUGCUUACAAGAACAACCUGACGGUGGCCGUUCCACCCGAGGGUCAAGCCUACAUGGACCGUACUAAGCUCUUCCAACGGGAUAUGAUUGCCAAAUUACGCAAGAGGGCCGUGAAAUGGAGAGACACUGUUGGCUUCAAUGUCUUCUCCAGCCACGCGCGUUACAAUCGCAAAGAAAUGGACGCCGUGGUCCCCAACGCGAAAUACAUCACCAUCUUACGUGAUCCGAGCAAGCAGCUACCUUCUGCGUUGGUGUACUACAAGUUCGACACACGUCUUGAGCGUAAGUUUGAUAGACAGGGCAGGACGUACACGAAUGUCUUGGAGGAGUUUAUGAGAGACCCGGCUGCAAACAUGGAACUCAUCGAAUCGAAACCAAUGGCUCAUGUUGUGCACAAUCAACAAUUCUUUGACCUUGGCUUGGACACCAAGUACUCCACGGACUGGGCCAAAAUCGACAGAACCAUUAGGAAACUCGAUGAUGAGCUUGACCUUGUAAUGAUUACGGAAUAUUACGAUGAAUCGCUUAUUCUGCUGCGCGAUUUGCUGUGUUGGUCAACUGAAGACAUUCUCUACACGAAAAGAAUGGUUCGCAAUACUACGUCAUCUCACCAAGUCCGUCCUGAAACUCUUACCAAAAUCCGCCAAUGGAAUGGUGCUGACACACACCUUUAUGAACAUUACAAUAGGACGUUGUGGCAGAAGAUAGCUGCAUAUGGACCAACGUUCGACGAUGAACUGCAAAAGUUCAGGGAUCGUUUGAAAAACGUGACUGAAAAUGAAACGGGAUCACACCGGAAACUGAUUAUCAGAAUGGCCAAACUUAUGAAGAAUAUAUAUGCAUAAUUUUCCUGUUCAACCGCUCAUGAAGACUUACAAUUAUGGUAACUUUAAAACAAAUGGGUUAACGUGGCUCAUCAGCCAAUGAAAAUCAAGGUUUACAUCGCAGUACAAAAAUGGCAAAGUUACCAUAGUUCUUAGUCUUAUGAAGCAGAUCUCUGAUAAAGAAAGCAGAUGUAAGUUUUGUUUCUCCCCAGUAUAAAUUAGCCAUUCUUUAUAGAGGGUUGUUUCAAGAAAGUUAUUUGUAUCAUUUUACGUGGCUAUGGAAUCCCCACCCCCUCUUUCCUGCCUUCCACCCCACCCACACUUUCCCGCUUUCGUUUAUGAUUCAGUGGAAGAUCUACUGACUAAAACAUGAAGAAAAUUCCACGUUAGUGCAUUCCAGUGGUGGUCGAUUCGUGUGACAUGCUUUCUGUAUGAGGAUUCCACUUUCCAAUAAUAAUAUAAACAUGGGGGAUCAUAGAUGUUAUGUAUUAUGAAAUCUUCUCAUUGAACUGAACUAUAUUUUGGCGAAAGUCAAUUUCCCAAAGCAAUUACAGUCUAGACAUGGAAAUGGAUUCCAACCAUUAGGUACUCUGUACCUGUCUAAAGAUGUCACAUCGUGUUUGAUAAAGAUGUAAGUGAAAAGGGGAUUGAAAGGACCAAAAGUUUAAACCUCGGUAAUUUUUUUUUCUUCACUAACAUUCACAUCAUUCCUUCUCAAAUUAUUCAUAUAGCGGACGUAUCUGUUUUGCUUUUGUUUGUUUCCAUGGCCCUGGAAAGUGGGGGAGGGGUCUGGAGCACCCCCAAUAUUUUCCCUGGGGAUGCUGCGUGUAUUAUUCUCCACAGGCACUUUACAGAACCCCCCCCCCCCCCUCUUUGUUUUUAUUGCUUGUCAAA